AUGGCGCUGAACAGGGGCUUACGGGACGCUCCCCUCCAUCGCAACAAAACACGACGGAGAGAAGCACCCUGCAAAACUCUAUCUAGCGCCACAGCUCCCAGAGCACGGGACACAAAGGGUGAGAAGCGGCUUCAUUGCCGCCAUCUCACAAGGAUAGGGACGGCUUGGUGGAACCACCCACAUUCGCACCCGUCCCAUUCGAGAGCCCCCUCCAUUGUCGUCCUCGAGCAGCUUGCCCGUCCGCGGAAGCGGAUGGCCUCGAUGCCUCCCCCAAGCGCUGCGGGCGCCGACUCUGAUCAGAUUUUGGUAGAAGCGAAUGGCUUUACAAGGACACUGAUUUUGAAUAGGCCAAAGCAGCUAAAUGCGCUCUCCUCGGCCAUGAUUAUGGGACUCUUGAAGUGUUUCACUGCUUAUGAGAAAGACAAUGGAGUUAAAUUGUUGAUUAUGAAGGGUAAUAGAAGAGCAUUUUGUGCUGGAGGUGAUGUUGCUGCAGUUGUCCGAUCUAUACAUAAAGACAGCUGGAAAUAUGGUGCUGAUUUCUUCCGAAAUGAAUUUUUGUUGAAUUACAUAAUUGCAACUUAUACCAAACCUCAGGUUUCUCUUCUUACUGGAAUUGUCAUGGGUGGAGGUGCUGGUGUUUCUUUACAUGGAAGGUUUCGAGUUGCCACUGAUAACACGGUUUUUGCAAUGCCAGAAACAGCUCUGGGUCUCUUUCCAGAUAUAGGGGCCUCAUAUUUUCUGUCCCGGCUUCCUGGAUUCUAUGGAGAGUAUGUUGCUCUUGCUGGCGCCAGAUUGGAUGGUGGGGAAAUGCUUGCAUGUGGUCUGGCAACUCAUUUUGUCCAUUCAAAUAUAAGAGAAGGGAGGACACAAACUGUUGGGGAGUGCUUGCAGCGGGAAUAUAGAAUGGUUUGCCAUGUCAUGCGUGGUGACUUCAGCAGAGACUUCUUUGAGGGAUGCAGGGCUAUAUUGAUAGAUAAAGAUCGAAACCCAAAGUGGAUGCCUCCAAGGUUGGAACAAGUGCAUGACGAGGCUGUUGAACAAUAUUUCUCCAGAAUUGAUGAUCCACAGUGGGAAGAUUUGAACCUACCUACCAGACGUUCCCAUGGAAGAAAUAUCGAGUCCAAGCUUUGA